CCCGUAGGGGUGGGGCAAGAGGAGGGCGGCGGCGCGGGUCGCUCGCCUUACAGCGCUAAGGAAUCUCAGUUCUCGCGAUCUUUCCGGAGCCGACCCACCACGGGGAGUCCGAGUGCGUUGCUGUGGCUUGAGUGUCGCGAGGGCGGAGACUGUAUGGGAGGGAGAAGCCCUUUUGGCCUGCCCUACGGAAGCCUGCGAGGGAGGGUGGUGACCGCUGCCCCGUCCAAUUGUCCCGAUGCCCAGCGCCAGCGCAAGCCGCAGGAGUCAGGAGAAGCCGCGGGAGAUCAUGGACGCGGCGGAAGUGGGUGUUCUCCUUCCCCGGGACUGGGACGACAGACCCAUGGGCCACAUCGCGCUGAGGGAGGGAGUAGGGAUUAUGCUAAAGAAAGAUAUGGAGUAUCUUCAAUGAUACAGUCACAAGAAAAACCAGAUCGAGUUUUGGUUCGGGUUAGCGACUUGACAGUACACAGAGCUGAUGAAGUUGUUUGGGUGCGUGCAAGGGUUCAUACAAGUAGAGCUAAAGGGAAGCAAUGUUUCUUAGUCCUACGUCAGCAGCAGUUUAACGUCCAGGCGCUCGUGGCGGUGGGAGACCAUGCAAGCAAGCAGAUGGUUAAAUUUGCUGCCAACAUCAACAAAGAGAGUAUUGUAGACGUAGAAGGUGUUGUGAGAAAAGUGAAUCAAAAAAUUGGAAGCUGUACACAGCAAGAUGUAGAGUUACAUGUUCAAAAGAUUUAUGUGAUCAGUUUGGCUGAACCCCGCCUGCCCUUGCAGCUGGAUGAUGCUGUUCGGCCUGAGGUGGAAGGAGAAGAGGAAGGAAGAGCUACUGUUAACCAGGAUACAAGAUUAGACAACAGAGUUAUUGAUCUCAGGACAUCAACUAGUCAGGCAGUCUUCCGUCUCCAGUCUGGUAUCUGCCAGCUUUUCCGAGAAACUUUAAUUAACAAGGGUUUUGUGGAGAUCCAAACUCCUAAAAUUAUCUCAGCUGCCAGUGAAGGAGGAGCCAAUGUAUUUACUGUGUCCUAUUUUAAAAAUAAUGCAUACCUGGCCCAGUCCCCACAGCUGUACAAGCAAAUGUGUAUUUGUGCUGAUUUUGAGAAGGUUUUCUGUAUUGGACCGGUAUUCAGAGCUGAAGACUCAAAUACCCACAGACAUCUAACUGAAUUUGUUGGUCUGGACAUUGAAAUGGCUUUUAAUUACCAUUACCAUGAAGUUGUGGAAGAAAUUGCUGACACCUUAGUACAAAUAUUCAAAGGACUCCAAGAAAGGUUUCAAACUGAAAUUCGGACAGUGAAUAAACAAUUCCCAUGUGAGCCAUUCAAAUUUUUGGAGCCAACUUUAAGACUGGAGUAUUGUGAAGCAUUGGCUAUGCUUAGGGAAGCUGGAAUCGAAAUGGGAGAUGAAGAAGAUCUGAGUACACCAAAUGAAAAACUGUUGGGUCGUUUGGUGAAGGAAAAGUAUGAUACAGAUUUUUAUAUUCUUGAUAAAUAUCCAUUGGCUGUCAGACCUUUCUAUACCAUGCCUGACCCAAGAAAUCCCAAGCAGUCCAACUCUUACGAUAUGUUCAUGAGGGGAGAAGAAAUACUGUCAGGAGCUCAGAGAAUACAUGAUCCUCAGCUGCUAACAGAGAGAGCCUUACAUCAUGGAAUUGAUUUGGAGAAAAUUAAGGCAUACAUUGAUUCCUUCCGCUUUGGAGCCCCUCCUCAUGCUGGUGGAGGCAUUGGAUUGGAACGAGUCACUAUGCUUUUUUUGGGAUUGCACAAUGUUCGCCAGACCUCAAUGUUCCCCCGUGAUCCCAAACGACUCACUCCUUAAAGAAAGCUGUGCUGUUUUUAUUCUUUCCAGUAACCUGCUAUUGAUCAGGCUAUUCCUUAAGCUACUACAAUGGAGUAUAUGUUUUAUCUAAAGUGCCACAGUUACUUUGGAUUAAUUCAAUAUAGGUUACUUUAAAAGAGAAGAUUUUUAUAACUUUGGACAUGCUUCAGUAGGAAAUGGUUGAACAUUUUAAUGAAAAAUUCAUAUGGUUAUGUUAAAAAAUUCAUAUUGCAUUACUACAAUAAAUGUUAACGAUUUUAAACAGUUCAGAUUGUGUAAGGUUUUUUUUUUCUUUUCUAUUUUACAGUGGCUAUAUUAAUGUCUUAAAUUUUCAAUAUUUGGGCUUAUUUUUUUAAAUUCUGACAUUGAAAUAACAGUUUCAGGGAACUACCUGAGAUUUUAAUGAAUGUAUAAUUGACAUAUUAUGGAAAAUUAAGCAGAAAGUAUCAGUUCUUUAAAGUUGUUCCCAGAAGUCAUGUAAAGCAGGUGAAAAUACUGGUUAGAAAAUAUUCAAAAUAAUGCUGUCUUAAAUUGUUAAAUUCUAAAUUGAAUUUCAAUAAAAUUUUAAAACUCAUUA